AUGGCUCACAGUGACUUCCUCUACCCAGAUAACCCAAGGAGAAGGCAAGAAGUCAACCGUCUUCACCAGCAGCUUCUUGACUGCUUAUCUGAUAGCUUCAACGCCACCAAUAAGCUCAUUGGGGUUUUAAACACGCACUUGCGGUGCAGCCUGGCCUCCAUUGAGAUGAAAAGAGAUGGGACCAUCAAGGAAAACUGUGAUAUCAUCAUCCAAGCCAUGAUGGAAAUCCAAAAAGAAUUGCAAAAGGUUGAUGAAGCACUGAAAGAUAAACUAGAGCCAACCCUUUACAGAAAACUUCAGGAUAUUAAAGAAAGGGAAACAGAGAAAAUUGCAAUAGUACAAAAGGUCAUUUCAGUCAUCCUGGGAGAAGCUACUUCUGCAGCCAGUGCAGUGGCUGUCAAACUUGUGGGCUCAAAUGUCACAACUGGCAUAAUUAACAAGUUGGUCACCGUGUUAGCUCAAAUUGGCGCUUCUCUCCUUGGUAGUAUAGGGGUUGCUGUUCUUGGCCUUGGCAUAGAUAUGAUUUUCCGUGCUAUCCUGGGAGCAGUGGAGAAAACACAGCUUCAAGCAGCCAUUAAAAGUUAUGAGAAGCAUCUGGUGGAAUUCAAGUCAGCUUCAGAAAAAUAUCAUCAUGCCAUUACCGAAGUCACCAACAUAGUGAAACACCAAAUGAAAUAAACAGCCACUGUGCCACUUCUGCUUCUCAACAACAGUGUUCUGCUUCUUUGAUUAGGUUCAUUUUCUGUACGUUUCCAACAUGGACAUAAAUACAGUUAACAACGUGGAAAGAUGGUUUAGAGACGCUGAAACUAGAUGCCUCUAGAGUUUUGUAUCAACAAUGAAUGCCUAAAUCAGCUGGUGCUAGACCCUGUGAGGUAAAAUUAUAUCCCAGGAUAUUUUCUUACACUGCUCUACCAGAUCAACAUUAGGUUUAAUGCUAUUGUAGGAGAGCAGGUGUAAGGGUUACCUUUUCCUUUUCUAAUUCCUCAAAUCUUUAAAAUUUACACUGACUUUUGUUUCUACUACUAGCUUCAGACAUCAUUUAGUUCUAAGGCGAUAUACUUGGUAACUGCUGCCUAGACAAACUGUGACCUUUGAAUGAAAUAGAAAUGCAACCAUAAUUUUGUUCAUCAGUUUAAAUCCAAUUUUCUAUAAACUGGAAGAGACUGAAAUAUGGUUUUGCAACAAUUCAAUCAUGAAAGAACACAAUGGUUCUUUACCUUCUACUAAUCACACGCUAUAACCUGGAUGGAUUUUUUAAAAGAUAAAAGUUAAAACUAAAAAGAUAAAGGCUCUGUUUCUAUAAUGGCAAUCAACCCUGACCAACUGUGGUGUGAUGAUUAAAUAUCCCUCGUGAACGUGUGAACCCUCUGGAACAUUUAAAAAGAAAACAUGCAAACCCCAGCUACACUUACAUAACAUGCAUUUAGGAUGCAGGGGAAGGAAGCUGUUACUCUCUUAAGAAUUUGUCACUUUGUCAUUUAAAGGAGAGUCAUAAUUUUUAUUACCCUGAGUUUUCAGAAAAAUGAAAUUUCAUUUUCAAUACUAUCAGAAUGGAAGCUGCCUCUGCUACAUAAAACGUUAGGUGGCCCAUUUCAUUAAUUACCUGAUUUCAGAAAAAUCCAGAGGUUAAUGAGGCCUAAUGGUUCAGUUAAUUUCUACAGACACAAGUGUUUUUUCGCCAAUAACUACCCAUUGAGACUCUUAGGUUCUAUUCACAAAAUUAUUAAUAAGUUGUUGAUGCAAGAAUGUGUUUGUUACAGUUUAUUUUUUGCAUAAAAGUACAAGAAAUGUCUUGAGAUUUUAAAAUCUCAUCAUGUCCCCAAAAUUAAAAAGCUAGAUGAAAUACUUUAAUGUUUCAAAAUGUACUCAUUUUCUCUUCUGUCACUGCUUCUUAAACUUAGUUGCAAACUAAAUUUGUUCACAUUCAAAAUUAAAGCUUAUUUUUUUAUUACCUAACUUUCAAGUUCUAAACUACAAUACCUUGUUAAUGCUCUUUCUGGGACUCAAAAUUCGGUCCAAAACCAAACCGGGAAACUUUCUAAAACAAAGGGUAGUUUAGGUAAGGUACCGAUCUUAAAUGCUUAAGUGCACAUUUAAAUAUUCUGCUGCUAAGAUUAGUAUGUAUCUCCUUCAAUGUUGGAGUAUUUACAAUAAUUGGUAGUAAGAACUAUAUCUAAAAUAUUUUCCUAUUAAGGGAUAUUAAAAUCAGAAAUAACCAAGGGAGUCUUUUAAAAGUAAAAUUUUUAAAUAUUUGAGCUUACCUUUAGGGGAAAGGGGGAGGAGUCUCAGACAAACCGCAGAUAGCAGGGAAGGAUGAAAGACUAGACCUAAGUGAAAAUCCGUAUAUAGGUAUAGUGACAUCAUAAAGGACUUCUAGGUGGUGAAAAGACCAAAAGGGAAAAGAGCCAACAUAAAUCAACCUCGCCACUUCUAGAUUUAAAAUUGCAGACGUAUCUCCACAUUUCCUCCUCAAAAAUUUAUUGUAGAUUACUGUAGAUUAAUUUAUCGUAGAUGAACAAUCUGGAACUCUAAAACGGGCACUAACUUGCUCAAAUCUACAAAAUGUUCUGUGUGCCUAUAAAAUUUCCAGACCGACAUGACGCUAGCAAAGAGCAACACAGUACCAAGUGCAAUUUGGGGGCCCGCAAUCAAACAGACACAACCAAAAGAGACAGCACGCGCUUACAUCACGAAAAAAUCCAAAAUCCAAAAACUAAUAUAAUUCUGGCCAAAAGAAACACCGCAAAACAGCUAACUGGAAUCGUCCCGUCCAACCCAACGUGACGGAGACCCCGGAAAUUAAGUCAGAAUGUCUCGGUCCUAGAGGGAAAGCAGUCUUCUCAUCAGCCAAUCACCUAGCCCACUUGCUUCGCUUUCCUUAUUUCUAUUGGUCUAAAGAAGUGUCAAUUAACGUGGUUCUGCGCAAUGGGGGGCGGGCUCUUACCAGAAAGUCAACCAAUUCGGUAUUAAUCCGGAGCGGAAGAAGACUCUGGUCCGGGAGUUCUUGGUUCCUCUCUAUGGUACCAGGGCGGAGAAACGCUAAGAUCUUUGGCGAUAGGAAUAGGAAGUGACGUAAGGAUGGCGGAGGGGCGCGAGGUUUCAAGAUGGCGGUGGCAGGGUUGCUGACCGGGAGGCAGAGGUGAAGGCCCCUACGAGGUAAAAGAGGCCAAGAAUCGUCCCAUCCCCGCUUCCUGCAGUCCCAGGAACCCAGCAGAAGUUUUUUUCUGUGAAGGAAAUCCUGCGCAGGGUGAAUUAGUUGCCACUGGAAAAGCUUUGAAGCAUUUAGAAAUCAAGGCAUUUGAACACUUGCUGAAAGAGGCAUUAACUAGUGAAAUUUUCUUGACAAAAUCUUCAUACGAGGAAGAAGGGGAGGUAUAAUUACUUGUAUAGGCUACUAAAAAUUUUAUCUCAUGAUCUUCCCUUUCCCACCCUUUAAAAGUCUACUUUCAGGGGUGCCUGGGUGGCUCAGUCGGUUAAGAGUCCGACUUCGGCUCAGGUCACGAUCUCACGGUUUGAGGGUUGGAACCCCGCGUCGGGCUCUCUGCUGACAGCCUGGAGCCUGCUUCGGAUUCUGUGUCUGCCUCUCUCUGCCCCUCCCCUGCUUGCUCUCUCUCUCUCUCUCUCUCUCUCUCUCAAAAAGAAAGAAAUGUGUAAAAAAAAAAUUUAAAAAGAUAAAUAAAAGUCUACUUUCAAAAGAAAGUAAGUUUGUCAACUUUAUUAUUGGGAAGGGUGAGCAUUAAAAAGUUAAACCUUAAUUGGAACAAGAGAAAGAAGUAAUAUAAUAAUGUCUCAGAUUAGUAAAAACCUUGACUUGCAAAAUAUUUUCUCUCAAGCACGAUCAUCCCUUUCAGGUAUCUUAAAAAGCACAAAUCAGGAAUCAAGUGGGUGCUAGUAAAAAUGUGUGUCUUGACAUUCUUGGACACUCCUUCAUAUAAUACUUUUCAUUUUUAAUAUUUGCACCUUUAGUUAUGUUUUAAGCUCUUGAGAGUCAAGAAUUCUAUCUGAAUUAGAAUGAAAUCUGAAUUAAAUAGCCUUAAAUUAAUGAGUUUUUACUAUCUUAAAGAUGUUGGGAAUACAUGACAAGAAAAACCAUGGAGAGAGACAAGAAUGAGCUAGCUAUCUGUUUUUUUUGAACUCACAUUAUUACCGCCAUUCUCUUUUGAUUCCCCUUUCACCCUAAAUAGAAACCAAGGGUGUAGGAAAAGAUCUAAUGGUUUUUCGUAGGCACGAUUUGUCCCCAUAUUGUCAAAGCAUAUUCUGAUUCUUUUCAGUUGACAGUCGGUCUGUUGUGAUCCAUUUUAAAAAGUUAAUAAUCAAAGGAAUGUUUGUUUUCAAGAGAUUGGUAGAAGUUUUGUAACAUAAAAUGGAAGACACUUUGUAAAUAGAGGAAAAAUAAGCUAUUUCUUUGUCUUUGCAGGUUUUUGGUUUUUGUUUGUUUGUUUUUUUUUUUUUUUUAUGAACAAGUAAAUCAUACAAGUUGUCAACAUGGGACGGAGAUCUA